AUGGAUCUUGGUCCGAAUAGUUUUGCCUCGCAACAGCAAAAUAUUGAUUCUGCUGCAUUUAUCAUCAAGCGGGAACCCGAAAAAACGUUUACGUUAGUGGAAGCAACAGCAACUGCCAGUGCUUUAGCAGAUAUAUCAGCUAUAAUAUCGCAACAAUUUACCAGUCAAAGUGACAAUUCUGAAGAUGGAACGAUCCGUGACACGGAUCAUCCAUGUUGGGAUUACAUGCAUAAAUCUGAAGAUUUGGAUUCUAUGGUUUGUCGUGUUUGUACACAACGUAUCAAACCGAUCGAUAUUCAAAAGGCCAUGGAACAUUUUAUAAACUGUCAUCCGCAAAUCGCUGCCGAGUUUGAACAGUCGUGGCAGAUGAAAUUACAAUUAAAAUCGUCGGCUAAUCGAUCAGUUGAUGAACCGUUAUCGUCAAAGGAAGGUUCCGAAAGACGAGGGGGUCAUGGAACUGAACAUCCAUGUUGGCGCUAUUUCACCCGCAAUCGAAAAAGUGCUGAUUGCAGGAUGUGCGGUACACAUGUUGCCUAUGCUUGCUCUGGAAAUUUGAUGAGGCAUCUGAGAUCAAGGCAUAUCUCUGAAUCCGUAAUCACUCAAAAAGAAUGGGAAGAAAUUCAAAAAAGGAAAAAACAACUGUGUGAACUAAGGAUGAUGGCUACUGCAAAUGCUUGUGGUUCGGAAGAGCAGCCUCACUCAAACGCUGUUUCGUAUGCGUAUGUUGACGAAGAACAGGAUGGAAGCAUAGCUGGAGCUGGGGAAGAUUAUGAUGGAAUUGUUGAAAGUGAUGAGCAGAGGUACAGGAAAGAAAGCAGUAUUUCCUCAUCAAUUGCAAGUGAUGUAAAAGUGAACGGAGGUAAUGAUUCUACUAUCAGGAAUGCGCAGACAUUUAUUGGAGCGCAUAAUCCAUCUUUUGAAGGGAUAUCUCCGAAACAGCAGCAAAAUUCGGGUUCUUUGUCAGGAGGUGGUCGUUCCCGGGCUUUUAAUACUGGAAGAAAUGCAGCCUUUCAGAAACGUAUAAAUUCUUUUGUUAACGGACUCGGGGAGGAAUUGUCGUCAUUUCCAAUGCAGAAGUCACUGGUCUGCAUGCGGCGAAUCAGGAAAUUCAUGGAUGAACAGUUGCUCGAAUUGGAUGAAGUUUCUCAAAUUUUCGACGAUGAUGCUGGGAUAUUAUGA